AUGAGCGAGUGGGAGAGGGUGUUCCUGCAGAACCUCGCCCUUCCUCCGCACUGCCAGCGGAGACGGACUCGCCCGCCGGGCUCCACGGCUUUCCGCUGUGUCCUGAAGUGCCUGGAAGGGGCUGCCCUCACCCAGGGAGCCGAGUACCAGCUGCGCCUCUCCCUUUUCGACGCCACCUACCACCACUUCUUUGGGAGGACAUGGAGGAGCGGCCAGCGAGCUGCCCGCGCCGCUCCACCGCGCCCGGCCAGGGCGGCUUUCAACGAGACCGUUUACUUCCACACCUCCUUGAACCACCCCGGCAUCGCUGCCGUCGUGGAAGUGGUGGCAACGGUUGGGAAAGGGGAUGAGGGCUCUCAGCAUGUCUCCUGCGGCUUUGGACUCAUCCCCCUCUUUGGCAGGGGAUCGGAGGCGACGGACCCGGCCGCUGAGGACAGAGUACUGAAGCUGUACCACGGGACGCCGCGCGCCUUACUGCACCCGCGCUUCCAGGACCCUGUGGAAAAGAACAAAUACCUGACGGUGAUGGAGAAGAGCCACCUGCAGUACGCCCUGAAGCCCUACCAGCCCCUGGAGAUGAUAUUUCACCUCCUUCCUGAAAACCUUCUGAUGUCUGGGCUGCAGACCGUUCCCGGCUUGCUGCCAGCGCGCGGAGAUGCGAGUGACUGCUUGCAGAAACCCCGGCUGAUGAAGCCGGUCACCUGCUACCUGGAGAGGCUGUCGGUCCAGCUGUACCCUUCCUUGGAGGAAUUUGAGGAAGAACUGCUGGACUUACUGAACAGCGAUCGCUUACUUAAGGCUAAUGCUGCGCCGGACGGCAGUGGGGUGGUGGUUCGGGAGCGACGGCUGCAUGUCGGCGUCCACAAUGGCCUGCGCUUCGUCCAGGUGCCACAGGUGGCCGUGCUGGUGCCGGAGGCAGAGGUGGCGCGGGGUGGCUACCCGGGGAUGCCGGGCUCCGGAGCCAGGGGUGCAGGUCAAGCCCUGGUCCUGAGGAGCCGCAUCCACCUGAGCGAAAUGGUCCCUCACCCAGCGUUUGGGGUCUGCUUCCAGCUGGAGUACGUCUUCUGCGCCACGGGGAGAGCCGACGGGAAGGCCCUGCCCGGCAGCGCCAUCCUGGGCACCGGCGAGGCGGAGGUGGUCCUGCCCCUGCGCGGCGGCCCCUGCCGCGGCCCCUGCCAAGCCUUGGUCUACCGGACCCCGCCGAACAGCAGGAGCUCCCGCCAGGUAAGGGGGAAGCACGUGGAGUCUGGGACUGUCCAAUUCCAUGUUUCCACUGAUUCAGAAGAACAUCUUGUAACUGCUGCAGAGAUCCUACAUAAAGACAGGGACGAGUCGGAGAAGCCUCCUACGCCAUCGCUGAGCUCCUGCACCCCCAUCGCCCGGCCCGCUGAGGUCCCCCGCGUCCGCGCGGCUCACCCCCAUUUCUCCGUCAGUUCCCACACGCUGCUCUCCCGUGCCUCCCUCGCACGCCUGCAUGCCGCCGGCUUCCCGGAGAUCCUGGACCGCAACCAGGAGCCAGUGGAAAUCUCACAGCCGGUGGACCCGGCGAGUUUCAGCCUGCGGCUGGAGGAAGCCGACCCUCUGCAAGGCAACGAAAUAAUCCUGCAGUUCCUGGCUGUUGGCAGGGAUGCCCGGGACAGCGCAGAGGGGAUGUGGCCAAGGACCGUCUUCCUCACCUUCCAGUUCUACCGUUUUCCGCCGGUCACCACGCCGCGGCUGCAGCUGGUCAGCACUGACGGGGGGCCGGCGGCCAGGCUGGCUGUGCCAGCGCAGCUCCUUGUCCGGCUGAACAAGGACGGGACCCUUGGCACCGGACCACCGGGCUUGCAGCUGAAGUACAUGGUAGAUCCGGCUUUCCUGCGACCCGGGGAGCAGCGCUGGUUUGUGCGGUACCUGGCCGAGCACAGCCUCCAGAUUGACGUCUGGGAUGGAGACUCCCUGCUCCUUGUUGGGUCCGCUGCCGUUAAACUGGAGCCCCUGCUGCGCCAGGGCCGGGAGGCCGUCAGGACCCACCACGAGCUGGAGGUGGCCACAACCGAGUACGAGCCAGACGUGACGGUGAUGGGCCGGGAGGCGCUGCGGCACGGCGCCCUGCGGCCCCUUGGUGUCCGCGUGGUGGUGAGGGGCCACCUCCACCUCUGCCUGGCCAACGUCGGCCACCCGUGCGAGGAGACCCCAGGGACGCCCCAGCUCUUGGUGAGGAGAGGGGCUCCAGGGGCUGGGGAUACCGUGGUGGCUCUGGGCUUAUGGUCCCCUCCCUCCCAGCAGGGCUGGCAGGAGCAGCGUGCCCGGCAUGUGCGGGACCUGCAGAUCAUCGACGCCUACCGGGAGCACAUCAAGGGCGAGAGCAUCUUCCGGAUGCUCAGCCAGGCCAUCACCGCCACCCACACCGUGCACGCCGUGCUGGGGACAGCCGAGUUCUUCGAGUUCACCCUGAAGAACCCCUAUGGUGUCCAGCACACCGUGACCAUCGAGGUUGACCACCCCGAGCUCAGUGUCAUACUGGACCCGAGGGAGUGGCGCCACUUCAAGGAGCUGACCAAGAGUGUUACGCCGGUGGAGGAGGAGAUGUUCCACCUCCGUGACGACCUCAGGCCUCAGGUCUACCUACGCCCCAAUGAGACCGUCCGUAUCCCCUUCAAAUACCAGACCUUCUCCGCGGACCCUGCGGUCGUCGCGGCGCAGGGGCCGGCAGGGCUGGGUGCCGAUGCUGACGUGGCCGCCCUGGGGAAGAGUGGGGCCAGGCAGACAAAGCACAUCCGGGUCUCCUUCCAGGUGAGCGGGGGGAAGCCCAUCGCAGUCCUGCGGGUGAAGGUGGAGCCGCAGCCCCACGUGGUGGACCAGACCUUCCGCUUCUACCACCCGGAGCUCACCUUCCUAAAGAAGACCAUUCGGCUGCCCCCCUGGCACACACUCCCCGGUGCACCGGUGGGGAUGCCGGGGGGGGAGCCCGAGAUGUUUGUUCGCUGCAGUGACCCUGACAUCAUUUGUGAAACCAAAAAUAUGGGACCUGGGGAGCCGCAGGACAUCUUCUUAAAAGUAGCCGGAGGACCAAGCCCACAGAUCAAGAAGUUCUUUGUUGCUAUUUAUAUGGACGCCUGGCUGGCAGCGCCCGUCCAGAUCUGGCAGUUCUACCUGCACUCGCUGCAGCGCCUGGAUGUCAGCUGCACGGCCGGGCAGCUCACCCGCCUCUCCCUGCUGCUGCGGGGCACCCCGGCCCCGCGGAGGGUGCGGGCCUUCACCUCUCACCCCCAGGAGCUGGAGGUGGAUCCGGACGGCGCCUUCCUUCUCCCAGCCAACGGCAUCCAGGACCUGUACGUUGGCGUGAGGCCUCGGCGGGCUGGCAACAGGUUCAUCUACCUCAACCUGGUGGACGUGGAGUCCCACCAGCUGGUGUCCUCCUGGCUGCUCUGCCUGUCCUGCAGGCAGCCCCUCAUCUCCAAGGCGUUCGAGAUCUCGCUCCCCGCGGGAGGCGGGAGAGGCUGCAACAAGCGCAUCACCUACACCAACCCCUACCCCUCGGCCCGGCUCUACUUCUUGUGCACCAACCGGCCUGACCUCCUGCAGUUCAAGGAGGACUCCUUUCAGCUACGUCCUCCUGUCGCUGGCGGGGAGGUGUACACCAUCGGCUUUUGCUUCGCCCCCCGCCACAGCGCGGAGCAACGUGGGGCACGGGAGGAGGAGGAGGAGGACGAUGACCCCGGCACCCUCGCAGCAGGAGCAUGGAAGCGCUGA